UAUCACGCGUGCUCCCGCCAUUUUACGAAGCCUCUCUUUCCCGUCUUCGUCCCCGCCUCUUUUAGAAUUUACGAAAUUCAAAGAUAACACUCGAUUUCCCUUCUCCCUCUUCCUCAUUCCCGCAAAAUCUGGGACGCUAGGGUUAGGGUUAGGGUUUGUCUUCAAGCAGUUGGAGGAGGAGGAGGAUGGGAAGCAAGGUCACAGUGACGGACCACCAAUUGUCCACCGUCCGAUCCAUCGUUGGCUCCGAAUUCACCGACAUGGACAUCAUCAGAGCGCUCCAUAUGGCCAAAAAUGACGUCACAGCCGCCAUCAACAUCAUCUUCGACACUCACAUUCCCUCCAUCGUCAAACCUAAAACCACACCACCACCUACAAACAAUCCCAAACCUUCUCCUCUCAAUUCAUCUCCUCAUAUGGAUACUGCCACUCGCACUGUUGCUUCCCGCUCCAAGAACAAUGGCGCUGCUGCUCGUGGAGGAGACGGCAGUAGCUGCUCCAAAGCGUCCGAUGAUUGGUGGUUUGCUGGUUCCGGCGAGAUGUCAGGGCUGUCCACUUGUAAAGGGAGGACUAUAAAUUCUGGUGACGCAGUGGUUUUCAAGUUUCCUGCCAAGGCUGCCUCGGCUGGGCCUUCGCCGGGGAAGGUCUUCGGGAGGGGGCGGCUGGCAGCGGGGACUUGUUCGGAGAUUGUUCGGUUCUCCACAGAUCAAGCUGGGGAGAUUGGUAGAAUACCAAAUGAAUGGGCUCGGUGUCUGUUGCCUCUUGUGAGGGAUGGUAAGGUUAGGAUUGAGGGACGCUGUAAAUUUGCACCUAAUGUUUUGGGCAUCAUGGAUACCAUUAUUUUGUCAGUCAGUGUAUUUAUCAAUAGGUCAAUGUUUGUUAAGCACCAGCAGAUAUCUCUCAAGGAUGCCACUGGCAACUCUACAAAUGAAUCAGUUUUCCAUCCUCUUCCUAUCUUAUUUCGGUUGCUAGGCCUGGAACCUUUUAAGAAGGCAGAGUUAACUCCUGGUGAUUUCUAUUCCAACAAGCGUCCUAUCGACCAGAAGGUCCCUUUACAAUUGAUGAAGUCUGAGCAUCCUUCUCAAAAUUGCGACGAAAAUAAAGAGGAUUCCAUUUCUGAAACUGAUCUUGAUAAUAUUGUUGGUGUGGGAUCAAGCUCGGAGUUAGAGGAAAUGGAUCCCCCAGGCAGUCUUCAGUGUGAGCUACGGCCCUAUCAAAAGCAAGCUCUUUAUUGGAUGAUCCAGAUGGAGAAGGGGCGAACUGUAGACGGGACAGCAACAACCCUUCAUCCAUGUUGGGAAGCAUAUCACUUGGCUGACAAGAGGGAGCUUACUAUUUAUUUGAAUGCAUUUUCUGGUGAAGCCACAACUGAAUUUCCUAGCACCCUUCAAAUGGCAAAAGGAGGGAUUUUGGCAGAUUCUAUGGGUCUUGGAAAGACCAUCAUGGCCAUAUCACUUCUUCUUGCCCAUUCAGGAAGAGGUGGAUCAUUAGACAGUCAAUCCUUAGCUCAGACUGAGCUGUAUACUGAAGAUGGUGAAGUUAGUGAUACGGUACACAAUUUUUCAAACAUUCCGACGAAGGCAACCAAAUUUGCUGGUUUUGACAAACUGAUGAAGGACAAGGAUGCUCUAGCAAGUGGUGGCAACUUGAUAAUAUGUCCCAUGACUCUUCUUGGGCAAUGGAAGGCAGAAAUUGAAACUCAUGUACAACCUGGGUCUCUGUCCCUAUAUGUUCAUUAUGGACAAAGUAGGCCAAAAGAUGCAAAAAGUCUUUCUCAGUCUGAUGUUGUUAUUACUACAUAUGGAGUUUUAGCCUCUGAAUUUUCCAGUGAGAACGCCGAGGAUAAUGGUGGACUUUUUUCAGUUAGGUGGUUCAGAGUGGUUCUUGACGAAGCACAUACUAUAAAAUCUUCUAAAAGUCAAAUUUCUAUUGCUGCCGCUGCUUUAAUUGCUGAUAACCGUUGGUGUCUUACUGGCACUCCUAUCCAGAACAACCUUGAAGAUAUUUACAGUCUUCUUCGAUUUCUGCGAAUAGAGCCUUGGGGUCAUUGGGCCUGGUGGAACAAACUUGUUCAGAAGCCAUUUGAAGGAGGUGAUGCGAGAGGGUUGAAGUUAGUUCAGUCCAUUUUGAAGUCAAUCAUGUUGAGGAGAACCAAGUAUAGCACAGAUCGAGAGGGCAAGCCUAUCCUAGUUCUCCCUCCGGCUGAUGUGCAGGUAAUUUACUGUGAACAAACAGAAGCUGAGAAGGACUUUUAUGAGGCCUUAUUCAAAAGAUCUAAGGUCAGGUUUGACCAGUUUGUUGAGCAAGGGCGUGUUCUUCAUAAUUAUGCUUCAAUAUUGGAGUUGCUUUUACGGCUUCGGCAAUGUUGCGAUCAUCCUUAUCUUGUAAUGAGCCGAGGUGAUACUCAAGAAUUUGCUGAUCUAAACAAACUAGCUAAACGCUUCCUUCGAGGAACCCAUAAUAAUUUAGAACGUGAAGUAAAAGAUGCACCGUCACUGGCUUAUGUUCAAGAAGUAGUUGAAGAGCUACGUAAAGGGGAGCAGGGUGAGUGUCCAAUAUGUCUUGAAGCCUUCGAAGAUGCAGUGUUGACUCCUUGUGCUCACCGCCUAUGCCGGGAAUGCCUCUUGGCAAGUUGGCGCAAUUCCACUUCUGGUUUAUGUCCUGUUUGUAGAAAAACAGUUAGCCGGCAGGAUCUUAUUACUGCUCCUACUGAUAGUCGGUUUCAGAUUGAUAUUGAGAAGAACUGGAUAGAGUCAUGCAAGGUAACUGUUCUUUUGCAUGAACUGGAAAGUCUUCGCGCAUCAGGCUCCAAGAGCAUUGUUUUUAGCCAAUGGACUGCUUUUCUAGACCUUUUGCAGAUUCCCUUUACACGGAAUAACAUUUCAUUUGUUCGUCUUGAUGGAACUUUAAAUCAGCAGCAGCGGGAGAAAGUGAUCAAACAAUUCUCAGAAGAUGAUGAAAUACUGGUGUUGUUGAUGUCACUAAAAGCUGGUGGAGUGGGUAUAAACCUAACAGCUGCUUCAAAUGCUUUUGUCAUGGACCCAUGGUGGAAUCCGGCUGUAGAAGAACAAGCAGUCAUGCGCAUCCAUCGUAUUGGACAAACACAGAAGGUCGCCAUUAAACGGUUUAUUGUGAAGGGGACAGUUGAGGAGAGAAUGGAGGUGGUGCAAGCGCGUAAACAACGAAUGAUUUCUGGUGCCCUGACUGAUCAAGAGGUUCGAACUGCACGGAUAGAGGAGCUGAAGAUGCUUUUCACUUAGACCGCCAAGGUAGUGCAAGCAUGUUUGUUUGCUGAUAUUGGUGUAUCAUGCACCAUUAAGCAUUCUGCAUCCACAACUUUGUGUCUUCUUUUGAGGCCUCGUUAAUUCAUUAGCAAUUUCCAUAGGGAGGUCAAGCUAAGUGGGUGGGUGCAAUGCUCAACAUCCUGCAAAUUAGGCGGACACCCUUUUGAGUUAAUUAUAUUGGUAUACUUUGGGCUGUGCCAGGUUUAGGACUUGGGAGAGUGAUAGUGGUGGAAAUGGAAGGAAUGGAGUGGGGAUUUUUUAUAGGGUAAUUCCUCCCAAUAAAUUGAAGGCUAGGGUAAAGUUAACAAGUUAGAUUUUUAAUGUAGUGGCUAUUUGUCCAGGUAUGUAGAUAUGUAGAUUUCAAUAGCUAUUUAACUUUCACUUCCAAAGGGUUUUUGGGUUUUGGGCGACGGGAAAGGAGGUACUCAACUAUUUCCUCCACGCAAUACAUUACAGUUAGGGUUGAAAAGUUAUAAAUUGAUUGCAUUUAUAAUCAUGGACAAUGUUGAGAAUCCACUGUAUAUUACGUGUAAUAUUCUCGUGUAACUUCUACUGGUGAAAAUGCAACCACUUGUAUAUUACACGCCUUGUGAUCUUUUUAUUUUUUUUUUCGCGCAAGUUAUAAUACUCAUGGUCAUAGGCAUAUGAUUGUUCAGGUGGACAGUAGCUCCAUUUUACAUGUAAGUGUAUAACAUAUGAGUUGCAAAAAAAAAAGGGU